AUGGUCGGCAAGGUCAGCGAGCGCGUCCUCCUUCGGGAAGGACUCGAGCGCACCGACAACAACAUGAAGCAGACCAGCUGGCCUGAGAUCAUUCCGAUCAACCAGAAGAACUAUUACACGGAGUACAUGAAGCGCGAGGAUCAGAUCCUCGCCCUCCGAAGCCAGAGCGAUGCUACCCGAGACAAACUUGUCCAGACCGCCAAGGACCGCGAUCGAGCCCUGAACCAGAAUGGCGAGGUUCCUACCGAUGCCCUGCCCGAGGAGGGAGCCGCCGAUGCGCCCCUCGACGAACUCGACCCGUCCAAGAUCAUCGUGAUCCAUCCAGGCAGCCAGAACUUGCGCAUUGGUUUUGCCAGCGACGCGCUGCCCAAGACGGUCCCGAUGGUGAUUGGCUACAAGUGGAAGCAGACCGAGUCGGAAGAACACGAAGCGCUGCCCCGUCGCCAGUUCGAGGCCCAAAAGAUCGACCAGCAGUAUGGGGAAGAAUGGUCAAAGAAAUACAAGAAGAUGUCCGACGACCUCAAGAUCGAUAUGAGGCUCAACAAGCGCAAGGUCCUCCCCAACUCCAAGGAAUUAGUCGCCAACUAUAACCGUCGAACCGAGCCAGAGGUUAUCCCACAGCACAACGACCCCCUACAAAUAGAGUGGACUGAUGUCGCAGACCUGGAAGCGCCCGAACCCGCGUCAAAUGUCAUCUGGGGACAGCAGGCCCUACGUAUACCAGACGAUUCGGAGCCCAAAAUCAAGUUGUGGUGGCCUCUGCAGCACGGCAACUUCAACGAGGACGAGUAUGACGAGGUGGAAAGGUUAUACGACGACUUCGAAGAGAUCCUCGAGCUAGCCCUGCGUCAAGAACUCGGCCUCACCGAUCGCCAACAAUGGAGACAAUACAGCUGCGUCUUUGUCAUUCCCGACCUGUACGACAAGAAAUAUGUCGAGAACGCCCUAAAGUCGUGCAUGGGCUGGUUUCAGUUUAACAAGCUAUGCUUCUACCAGGAGAGCAUGUGCGCAACGUUCGGCGCCGGCUACACUCAGGCCUGUGUCGUUGAUGUCGGAGCCCAGAAGACCGCAGUCAGCUGUGUUGAGGAUGGUCUCUGUAUCGAGGAUUCACGGAUAAAUCUCAAGUACGGGGGUUACGAUGUGACCGAGACUUUCAUCAAGAUGAUGCUCUACGACCAUUUCCCCUACCAGGAGAUCAACCUCAGGAGGCGAUACGACUUCUUGCUGGCAGAAGAGCUGAAGCAGAAACACUGCACCAUGUCACAAGCCGAGAUCUCGGUCCAGCUGUACCAGUUCCAUCUCCGCGCGCCCAACAAGCCGACGCACAAGUACCAGUUCAAGACUUACGACGAGGUGAUCCUGGCGCCCAUGGGCCUCUUCGACCCGGCCCUCUUUGACAGCAGCACGAAGCUCCGCGGGCGGCGAAAGCUCAUCGAGCGCUCGUACAACGCGUACGACGUCGACCAGCCCGACGACCCCACGUCGGCGGCGCAGUUCGCCAUCCUCGCCCGCGAGAACCCCGCGGUGGCCGCCACGGCCAACGGCGGCCCGGCUGCCGCGGGCGGUGGCGCGAACAACGACGUUUCCACGCCCAGCAAGGAGAAGUCGCAGCCCUUCAACUUCCUCGCGCGGGGCGAGGCCAACGGCACGCCGGCCACCUCCAACGCCCCCUCCCCGGCCCCCGAGGGCUCCGGCACGCCGGCCCCCUUCGUGUUUGGCGCCGGCAAGGAGGCCGUCAACGGCACGGGCAGCCCGGCGCCCAGCGCGGCCAACGGCUCCGGGACCCCGGGCCCGUCGCAGAACGGCGGGCUCACGCCGGCCCAGGCGGCCAUGCUGGCGGCCUCGCAGCAGGCGCCGCCGGGCAUCUUCGUCGGCGGCGACGGGCCCUCGCAGCGCGACCUCGCCGCCGAGCGCGACGCCGUGCUGCCCGUCGCGCCGCUCGACGUCGCCAUCAUGACGUCCAUCUACAACGCCGCGCGCGGCGACGACAAGCGCCUGCGCGAGUUCGUCGGCUCCAUCAUGGUCAUCGGCGGCGGCGCCAAGACGCCCAACUUCGCCACCUUCCUCGAGGAGCGCUUGCGCGCCCUGCGCCCGGACCUGGCCGAGCGCAUCCUCAUCUCGCGCAGCGCCAGGGACAUGGACGAGCAGGUCGUCGUGUGGAAGGGCGCCAGCGUGUUCGCCAAGCUGCCGACCAACGACUCGUGGGUCACGGGCAAGGAGUACGAGAGGCUCGGCGCGAGGAUCCUGCACCACAAGGUUCUCUGGCAGUGGUAG